AUGGAUCCAUUCAAUGGUGUAAAAGAUGAUGCAUAUGCAGUUAUACAGCGAUUAGAGUCAAUCAUAUCUCAAAGAACAACGCAUCAACCAUCAAUAGAAUUACAACAAGAUUUUGAAAAUAAUUAUGAAGAAUUACAAGAAACAUAUGAAGAAUUACAAGAAGCUCUAGAGUUAAGUGCAACGAACCCACAACUAUAUAAUUUAACAUCAACAGACAUAAAUCAGCGAAAGCAAAUUUUAAGAGAUCUAAACAACAAAAAGACAAGCAUACAACAAAAAUGGGAUAAUAAAAAACUAAGAGAUGUAACAACAAUGUCCAACAGGAUAAGUCAAGACAGUGAAAUACCAGAAAAUCCAUUUAAUGAUGAAACUCCAACAAUGACAAACUAUCAACAACAAGAAUUAAUUAGUCAACAAGAUAAUCAAUUAGAUGAUAUCCACAAGACAAUGAUGAAUUUAAAUCAACAAGCAACUAUAAUGGGUGAUGAAUUACAAGAUCAAGGUUUCAUGUUAGAUGAAUUAGAUUAUGAACUAGAUCAUGUUGAUAAUAAAUUGAAUAAGAAUAUGAAGAGAUUGAAUCAUUUUAUUGAAAGAAAUAAAGAAACUGCAAGUAAUUGGUGUAUUGGGAUAUUGGUGGUUGUACUAUGCGUUUUAUUGGUUUUAUUAAUAGUGGUAUGA